GGGCGUAAGCAGAUAAGGUCUGCAAAUUAUUAUGAUAUUUGAAAGUCUUUUUGGUGGGUAUUUAUAGGUUAUGUCGUUAAGUUGAGGAAUGAUUUUGUAUUAAAAACAUUGUUGAUUCUCAAAAUAUUUUGAAUUCAAAUUCAGGGGCGUGUGUAACGAAUUCAAAUUUGGAUGGAUAGAUAAAAAUUCCUACUUGAAGAAAUUUAUAGGUCUAAGUGGAAUAAUAGGCUUAUAUUGCCAAAGAUGAUAAUGUUCAAAGAUAAGAUAAUAUCAGGCAUCAUGGCUAAAUUUAUAACGGCCGAAUAGAGAUGAAAAUAAUUUUGCUACCUAGGGGAGACUGGGGCUAGUGUGGACAUGGGGCUGGUGUAGACAAGUCAGCUGUUCCCAUCUAUACUGAUACAAUCUCGGGAAAUUAAUUUUUCUUAGGUUGGCAACAUGACUUCUAACCACAUGUGUAAGUUUGGAGUCGAUCACAUUUGAGGUCAAGUCGGAAUAAAAAUACAACGUUUUUUGGCGCUUCAAAUGUAAAAUCUCGUCAUCUUUUAAGAUGGUACGAACUUAUGAGAGAAAAACUUCCCGUGCUGACAUUUCUGAAGAGAAUGUGAAGAAAGCAAUACAUGAGGUGAUGAAGGAGAAGAAGACCAUACGAGCAACUGCUGCUAAAUUUGGACUCACAAAAUCUAUGCUCUCCAAGCGACUCAAAGCUCUAAAAGCAGGUGAGAGCAAUGAUUCAGAGACUGACAACACACCAGAGAAAGAUGUUGCAUCAAGUCUCAAAGUGAAAGGUAAGCAUAAAUACCAUGUUCACCAAGUGUUUUUUGAUGAUCAAGAAAAGAUGCUGCAAGAAUAUCUAACCAAAGCUUCAUCAAUGCACUAUGAUUUGACUUAUUUACAAGCACAAAAAUUUGCAUAUGAAUAUGCAAAAUAACUGAAAGUAAAAUACCCUGAAAGUUGGGAUAGCAAUGAGUGUGCAGGUAUUGACUGGAUUCAGAGUUACAUGAAACGCCACCCUAAUCUGAGUCUCCGUAAACCUG